UGACAAAAACCUUAUUAUCCUCACAAGAACUUAAUGGCAUUCAUGGUAUAUCGUGGCAUUUCUUCAGAGGGACAAAAUGAAAUGACAAUUGAGGAGCUCAAACGGUGGUUAAUAUCAUUUGAUACUGAUAAAGACGGCCGGAUAAGCAAAGAAGAGCUUGCAGAUGCUAUCCGAGAAAAUGGCGGAUGGUUCGCGAGAUGGAAAGGAAGGAGAGGGAUAAAGUCUGCAGAUUCCAAUGGCAAUGGAUUCGUUGACGCAAGUGAAAUCGAUAAUCUUAUGGGGUUUGUACAGAAGCACUUAGGCGUCAAGAUCAUAAAAUCUUCACCAGCUCAGUUUCUGCUUUCAGAUGACUAUAUGUUUUCUAAAACCUAUAGCAACGUGUUUCGAUCAUGGACUGCUGUCGAUUUUUUUGGGACAUACGCUGUUGCUGUUCUUGAGUCCCUUAUCCUUGCUGUGGUGCAUUUGAAGUUCAACGUUAAGAUUAAUGUUUUGAGUGCAAUAUCGUUUGCGUCAAGGACCUAUGUUCGCGUUUUAGGUGGGGUUUUUCAUCAUCCUGUGUUUCUUGGUGAAGAUGGUCUUUUCUCGUUUCUUCAGAAUUCUGAUUAUCAAAAGGAAGAAAUGGCAAUCAUGUUAACUCGCACCAUUCCUGAACAUAGGAAACCUGAAAUGACUGUUGAGGAGCUCAAGCGGUGGUUAAGGUCAUUUGAUACUGAUAGAGACGGCAGGAUAAGCAAAGAAGAGCUAGCGGAAGCUAUCCGGGAAAAUGGAGGCUGGUUUGCCAGAUGGAAAGGAAAGAGAGGGGUGAAGUCUGCAGAUUCCAAUGGCAACGGAUUUGUUGAUGCCAAUGAAAUCAGUAAUCUUGUGGAGUUCGCAAAGAAGCACUUGGGCGUCAAGAUCGUAAGCUAGUUAGCAUUUGGUUUGCUCGCUGUCUCAAACCUUUUGUUCAUUAAAUAAGGUUGCUACUUAACUUUAAAAAAAAAGAGUAAAUAAAUAAAUAAAAUGCACCUGUGCCAUUUUUUU